AUUCCAUUAAGAUGGUUUAAUACGUAAUAACAUCUGAGGAUAUUCACAGAAGGAAGGAUAAUGAUGCAUAUUUCAGACUCAACUAUCUCUAUUAGGCUUCGCUCUUGUUUUCUGAAUCAAAUAUUGAGUAUGCAUAAUUAAUGAAGGAAUAAAUGUAAAAGGUAGCUGAGAAGGUACCAAUUAGAAUGACUCCUUAAAUCAAGCACACUCACUGUAAGAAAUGUUAAAGCCCGAUUGUUUUUGGAGAAGUGAAUUUUAAAAAAAUUUGCAAAAAAUUAUUUAUUAUUAAGACUUGUUCCAAAUGUAAAUUUUAGAGAAAAAUAUUUGUCAAAAAGUUAAAGGGUUUUGAAUUGCUUGAGAAAUAGAUUUGAUAUAUAUUAAUUGUGUUAAAUAGGGC